AUGCAUUUUCAAUCUUUCUUGAAGCUUUCUUGUCCUUCUCAACAGGAACACUGUGUGGCGAUUUCUCACAACCACCUGGUGACCGGCAGGUGGAACGAUGACUCCUGUCACAGGGAUCACAGCUUCGUCUGCUCCAGGAAGAAAUCGAGCAGCAUCAACCCGCCACCCCCGACCGAGGCCCCCUGCCCCACUGGCUACACCUCGUGGUAUCUGAACUGCUACAGGCUGGUGGAGGAGCCGGCCACCUGGGAUGCGGCUCAGGCGGCCUGCCGGGACGAGGGAGGGAACCUGGCCAGCAUCGACAUGAGCUACGACCAGGCCUUCGUGGCCGGGGCCGUCCUGCAGGGCCGAGCCGACGCCUGGAUCGGACUCAGGCGCAAGGACGACGGCUCCUACAUGUGGACAGAUGACUGGCCAGUUUUCUUCACUCAGUGGGGACCAGGAGAACCCAGCAAUAUAAAGGACGAGGGCUGCGUGAGCAUGCAUGCUUCUCGUGCGUUCCACGGGACCUGGAACGACACCAAGUGUGACCAAGCUAAACCCUACGUCUGCAAGAUCUCCCCAGUGAAACCGCCGCCGACCCCUGCCCCUGGUGAUGGGAGGUGUCUGCCCUACUGGAUACCGUAUGGCCGCUACUGUUACUUUGUGUACAACCAGCAGCAGGGUUUCUCCUGGCCGGACUCCCUGCACUACUGCCAGGCCGCCAAGGCAGACCUGCUGUCGCUCCACAGCAGAGCGGAGGUGGAGUUCAUCAGGAACCUCAAUCACACCAAGUAUCACAACAUAUGGAUCGGCCUCACGAGGGACCGUAACUUUGGCUGGGGCUGGACGGAUAAGACGUCUCUGGGCUUCCUAAACUGGGCUGCCGGUGAGCCCAAUGCAGCCUUCCACCCUGGGGAGGUGGGAGAGGAGAACUGUGUGGAGAUGUUCCAAGACGGAAACUGGAAUGACAACAACUGCCUGCAAAAGAGAGGCUUUGCAUGCCGCCAUCGCCAAUACUAUACAACAGAUGAUGGCGGGAAUCCAGUUUUCCCCACUGAUGGUCCAGGAGGCAACAAUGCAGGGGUUAUAGUGGGCGCCGUUAUUGGAGUCAUUCUGUUCUGCAGCUUGAUCGCUGGAGUGCUGUUCUAUGUCUUCAGUGUGAGAGGGGUUAAACUGAGCGGCUUGAGUCUGCCAACAAGAACAACUGCUACCGUUGAUGUGCCUGCUUUUACCAACCCCAACUUCGGUGGAGAAUCGGACACAUAAAGCAUCAUUUAUGUUUUGUACAGUUCAUUGAAAUUCCAUGUUUUUGUAAAAAAAUCAUUGAUAAUGUCCCUUUUAAGUAUAAAGAAUGCAAUUGGAUUCACUUCAUUUGUACAGUAUAUAUAUAUAUUGCAAUAUACUCAUAAGAUAUUAAAACUUUGUUUUCCUAUGUUGCACUUACAUUUUCCGUGCUCAACUUUUGUUAUGUCUACAAUAAUUCAGUCAUUUUCCUGUUCAUGAGUUAUUUACUGACCUUUACAACCAAAUUGUGUAAUCUUGUUUUCUUUCUGAAAAUAAGAGUAAGCAGUAAUAAAUUAUAAGUUAACAAAUGAUUUCCAGUGUUUAUUCAUCCCUGCAAAAAAAAAUGUUUUACAUAUUUUACAAAAAAGGGAAAAGCAUCCUUCAAAACCUUUUCUGAACAAUUUCUCAGUAAAUAAUUAUUUGGACGAGAAGUGUAAACUGUUGCAGAGUAAAUCAUAAACAAUGGAAGAUGAUGGAAGGAAAGCCACAGGUUGGAAAAGACAUGAAAACAUCUGAAAUGCUUCUGUGCAGUGUCGACAUCUGCAGUAAGAAACACUCAAGAUCAUUUCUCCUGCUGAUGACAUAAGGCCAAGGCACUAGUGACCUUGCUCCGUAUUUUAAAAAAAAUUCGCUACACGUUAUGCAACAAUGUAAAUUCAUGAACACUUUGUGAUCCUUGUUUAGCCCUUUUUGAUGUGUAAUUGCACACAGACAUACAAACUCAAUUAACUGCAAAACGUUUCAAAAUGUGUAAAUCAAAAGCAAUGUUUCUUUUACUGCAUCACCAUUACAUACUGAUUAUUUUAGUAUCCCUUUUAAAUUGUCAUAACAACAACACCACCUCAAUAAAAAUUUGAACCAACAAAACUCAAGCUUUAUUUUUUUAGAAUCAAAGUUACAAUAAACUAGAGUAAAGACUAGCACAGUCCUGCCAGUCUUUGGGAUCAAGUUGUUCUUAUGUCCAAUAACGCUCUGAAAUUAACAACAAAUACUCAACAAAGUGCAUUCUGUAGUAAGCUAUAGUUUGGCCUUUUAUUCUACUCGCACACAUUUAGUAAACAUAUUGAAACUCAACAUUUGCUAAUCAACAAACGUGUGGGAAACCGAGAAAAGCAGCUUCCUGGUGCAAAAACAAAUAAAGGGAACACUACUGUAGUUUCAUCUGUUGAACAAUGUGGCAGUCCCACUAUACUUGAAAGGUAACUCAAACUCGGCUAAUAUCAACCACUACUUCCAACACUAGAACUAAAAAAAAA